AUGAAGAGGAUUCACAGAGGUACUACUGAAGCUUCAUCAUCCCGACCUAAUAGACAACAUCCCACGACCUCAACGAGGAGACAGAGAGCAGCUCCCCGAGAUCACAUUGAGGAUACUACAGAGGCUGAAGAUGUAGUUCCUACUCAUGAUAGUAAUGUUGACGCAAAGGUUGAAGAUGUAGCUGCUACUCAGGAUUGUAAUGUUGAGACGUAA